CCCCGCGUUACUAAUUUCGGACCCGCCCGAUAACAGAUUUCCGCAACCCACUAGGGCUCUACCUUCACCUUUUUAUCUUCAACGACUUUCCCCCAAUUCUAUUCCAUCUUCUUCUUCCCCACAAAUUGACCUCGAUUUCUCAUCUGAAACUUCAAAUCAAUCUCCGGUUUAUCUAAUUCGUUCCCUCCUCUUUCUUUUGAUACCUCUUUCGGCUAUAUCCGUUAGCUAAUUAUGGUGCAAAAAAGACCUUACGGUGAAGAGGAUAUGUAUGAGGUUUCAUCUAAGCAACCAAGGCAUGAACCCAGUUGUCAGCUAGUUUCAGUUUUGGAACUUUCUCGUGAAUCAGUUGUUGUGGAUGCUUAUGCUUCAGAUGGUGAUGAGGACAACUCUUCGAAAAUCUUCCCUGAUGCAAACAAGAAAUUUGAUAGUCACGUUGUGGCUGAAGUUCUUUUUUCUUCUGAGAAGGAAACUGAGAUGGGCAUUCAUGGAUCUGCUUCAAACUCUUCCUGGCCCACCAGUAGCACCAGUGAGGAAGACAUCAGGCCUGAGGCUCCUUUUCACAGAUUGACGUCUACUGAAUAUUACUAUUUUGAUCAUCCGUUCAGGGCUGCUGCUCAUCACAGGGAGAUAUAUUCUUCUCUUUUGAGUAAUCCUCAAAAGAUGGUACCCAUUGGACCAGAUUUCCAGGCAGAGCUACCAGAAUGGACACCAUAUAGUAAUAAGGAUAAACCAUGCAUAGAAGGUAUACAUGAAACUGUGAGUCCUCCAUCUCAAGCCAAUGAAAACAAACUUGCUGGAAGGACUAUCAUUCCAAUGCCUAAAAUGGAGCUACUUGCAGAUCAGGUCGAGAUUAUUGGAGAGAGACGAGUUGAAUGUUCAUGUGAAGAUAAAGGUUCCAUAAGAUGUGUUCAACUAGACGUCAUCGAAGCAAGGGAAAAACUAAAGCUAGCCCUUGGCGAGGAGACAUUUGUUAGGUUGGGUUUUUGUGACAUGGGAGAGGUAGUUGCAGAAAAAUGGAGUGAAGAGGAAGAGGAACUAUUUCAUGAGGUUGUAUUGUCCAAUCCUGCCUCGUUAGGCAAUAACUUUUGGAACCAUCUUGCUAUUGAGUUUCCUUCACGGCGUAGGGAAGAACUUGUCAGCUAUUAUUUUAAUGUCUUUAUUUUGCGAAAACGUGCUGAGCAGAACAGAUUUGAUCCACUGAACAUAGACAGUGAUAAUGAUGAGUGGCAUGACACAGUUGAUGAUGCUGAUGAGGCAGCUAAAAUGACAGAUGAAGAUGAGGACUCUGUGGUUGAAUCUCCAGCAUAUCAUAAUGGUCUCAGCUACAAUAUGAUCCAUGAGGAGCACGAUAGACGAACUUAUGAUGAGGAUGUGCGUGAAGCAAUAUGGGAAGAUUAUAAGCCUGUAAAUUUUGGUAGCAGUAAGGUCUUCACUGAUGUGCAGGAAUCAUGUCCUAGUAAGUUUUUUGAUAGUAACAACAGUUGUAAAGUUGGCAUGCAGCCUCAAGACCAAGGACCGUCAAGUAAAGUGGUUGAGUCCUGUACCACUGAUGCAGCUGGGGUUACUUCAGAAUCAUCACUAGGGAAGACCAACAAUGAUAAUCAUUGGGCAAGCGAUAUUGCUGGUAUAGGCAGUGGCACCAAGCAUGAUAGUCUGUUGGAGUUGUGUAAUGGCAAAGAAUGGGAUGGUGGGUACUUGAGCAGUGCCAGAAAUGAAAUUGGUUUGGUUCCAACAUCCACUAUGAUUGAAGAAGUCUUUGGUGAUGGAGCCUGGAUAUACAAGAGCCGAGAUGGUUAGAGGUUAAACUUUAGUCUAACUCUAGUUUGUCUUUCAACAAAAAGAAAAAAAAAAAGGGGGAUGUGAUUCUUUUAUUCAGGGGUUUAGCUAAGUUUUGACACAUUUACGUUCAUGCCGCAGAAGCUGGGAUGUGUGGUGGAAUCAAUCUGGUAAUGUUUCAUGUGCACGUUCCAGUUUUCCUUGUAUAUUCAUAAUAGUGGGAGUAUUUUUUCUAACCCAGAUGUAAGAAAUGGCAUUGCAAGGGUGUUACAUAAGCUGAUGGAUGCUAAACUUUUGGAGCUGUACAGUAGCCAUUAUUUUGUUGUCUUAGCACCAGAUUCCUAGGAAGCUUGACUGACGGUAGUUUCUUAAAUAAUAUUUGUAAAGUUAAGCUAUAUGGUUAAUUGAUCCAUAUUUCAAAAAAGGAGGAUGAAGAUCCGUUUAAAUUAUUGAAGUUUAGUUCUGUACAGAA